UUUUGUAGAAGAAAGCUGAAGAAAACCACCUGAAAACGUCCCACAUGGUGCCAGCUGGGAAUCGAACCUGUGAGGUGAGAGUGCUAACCACUACCCCAUUGUGCACCCCGUUUAUAGCAAUAAAGUUGUCUUUUAGUGUUUAUUUUUAUGUAAAUGUUGUUAUUUUGUUUGUUGCAGAAAAUCCGAUUAAAUCAAUUCCUGUAAUCUGAGUUGUGAAUCAUUUAUUAAAUAAAAUCCUGACACUUUAUUACCACAAGAUGGCGCCAAAACCCCUUUCGUCAGCGGACGAGGAAAAACAUGCUAAAAACGGACCGUUUUUACGUGAAAAAACGUCGAAUUUGUAUAUAUAUUUAUAAUCUACGAAGAUUUCUGACAGAAAAUCAUUAGAACAUUUCCGGUUCUGUAAACUGGACUCAGUCUCAGAAAAAUUCCUGAUCCGGAUUUUAAUCCUGUCGCUUCUAAUCCAUGAGAAAAUGAAAUAUGAGUCGGCUUUAGCGGGGCUUCCCUACCUGUACUGCAGCUCUGACCCCCCCACCCCCCCGCCUUACCUCACUGUGGGUCACGUGGUCUGCCUCUGAAGGGGUGGUGGGCGUGUCGUGAGCGGCGGGGCUUCAUUCAUAAAUCCUUUUAUCUUUAAAGCCCGUUUCCAGCGCGCACGGACCCGUUCGGUGUGCCCGCUCCCAUCCCGCCGGUCCCGUGUGGUUCUGGUUCCGGGAGCUGCCCGCUUUCUGCCCCCUCAGGUGCUGCUGCUCCUCCACGGCCUCCCUCCAGUCCAGGAGCAGGAGUCUGCCCCUGUGGAGCUGAGGAGGAGGCCGUCUGCAUCCUGAGCUGCUCCUGCACCGCCCUCCAUCGGGACGGGUUCUGUGGUGUUAACAGCUCCGGGUUCUUCCUCCAUGUGUCCCUCUCAGGCGGACUCUCCCGUUGACUUGGACCAUGAGCAAUGACUCCACCGUCUGGAACGUCGUACCAGAAAACUCCACGGACAUUCCCUUCCAGGCUGAGGAGCAUCGGGAUGGCUACCUGCUCCUCCUGGUGAUCCUCUCCGUCUUCCUGGUGGGAACGCUGGUCAUCGUCUCCUUCCUCGUUCUCGCCUGCCGUCACCGCAGCCACGGAGGCUGCAGCAGGUCCAGCGAUGACCCGGAGAAAACCGCCGCCUACACAGAGUCUCAGCCCACCCACGAGAUCACCAUCCAGGUGGACGAGUCCGACUGCCUGUCCAUGGUCAGCUCUCAUGACCAAGAGACGGAGCGCUUCCUGUCCACGGGCCCCACCGGCCGCCGCGUCUCCUUCAACGAGGCGGCGCUCUUUGAUCACGGCAAGAAGGCGCAGGAGAAAGGCCGCAGGUACACUCUGACAGAAGGCGACUUCCACCACCUGAAGAACGCUCGCCUCACAAACCUCCACAUCCCUCCUCCGGCUCUCAAGAUCGUCACCAUCCACGAGUGUGACUCUGCAGAAAACACCAUCACCAUGACGACCCGCCCUGCUGCCAAGUCGGCGCUCUCCAUCUUCCAGCCCAUGCUGUGCCCCCUACCCCAAACCGCUCUGACCGGCCUGAGCGGCAGUCCCGGUCGGGCUCUGCCUGGAGAUGCUCUUAACUCCAUGAUGGACACCAGCUUCUGUGAGGGCUCUCCGGCGUCAGGCGCCAAGGAGGCGGCGGUCAGCUCUGGUGAGGUGAUGGCCGCCGGGGGCCGAGGCGGCGGCGCCGGAGCGGGGACCGUGGUGGGGAACGGAGCGUCUCCUGCAGCCAGCGGCGGCGCAGACAGCCCCAGGCCUGUGCUGCAGCUCCUCAGCAAACUGCGGCGUCAUGCCAGUCUGGAGGGGGCCAGCCCGUACUUCAAGAUCAAGAAAUGGAAGCUGGACAGCAGCCAGAGGGCCUCCAGUCUGGACACCAGAGGCUCCCCGAAGAGGAGGCACUUUCAGCGCCAGCGAGCCGCCAGCGAGAGCAUGGACCACGACGACCACGAAGCCCACCGCAUCGACCUCAUCCAGUACAUCGCCCACACCAAGGAGGCCUCCUUCCUUCCACGCCAGCCCAGCCCCCGCCUCCUCCCGCCUCCGUCCACACCGCCCCCUUCCCUUGGCAGGGUAGAGGUGGAGGCGGAGCCUGGCUGCAGCCACAGUGGACCUGGGGAGGUUGGCCUGUCCCUCGAUCCCCACGACAUGCCCUCUGUGGUGAGGAGGGGACGUGCCAGCUCCCCCAACGGCCCGCCCACACAGGACCCGCAGUCGCUUUACCGAGACAUCUGGACGCUACGCGCCUCGCUCGAGCAGUACGCCGCCUCCGACCAGAGCAGCAACAACGACCGCAGCUCCGUCUGCAGCGACGCCGACAGCGUCUGCUCGCGAGAGCGCCUCCUGAGCGUCUCAUCCCAGGAUUUGGGGGAUGAGGCGGAGAUGGAGGAUGACGGCGUCACGAGUGUUAAGGACAAGUCUGAGGCGCAGAAGUCAACCAGGAGCAAACAGGGCGGCGUGGAGUCGGAGCGCGGCGGAGGGGAAGCAGAGUCCGGGACUCGUAAACUGCUGCAGAUGGACAGCGGUUACGCAUCCAUAGAGGCGCCGCCGCGAGGUCCGGACGACCUGCGACUCUUCGGAAGCAGCAGCGUCACGGGGAGUCCCAAAGACCGGACGGCCCACGAGAAACGCCACCAUUUCACCAACGCGGGGCGAACAGGAACAAUCGGGGAGAGUUUUGAGCUCCACCUCUUUGAGGAGGAGCCUGAAGACGACCUGCUGCUCGGCGCCGCUAAUAGAGACGCCGAUUCUCUGAGCUGGCUCACAUACGGGCAGAUGAUCACGCCUCGAGACGCCGCGGAGCCUCCAGCGCAGACGCUGACCCUCCAUCAGCGGGACUACAGCAUCGACGAGAAGACGGACGCCCUCUUCCACGAGUUCCUGCGCCACGACCCCCAGUUUGACCAGCAGGAGUCUCCUAGAAAGUACCGCUCUCGAAUCCAUCUGCGUAAGCAGUGGCAGCGGCAUAAACAGUGGAGCGACCCUGGCGUCCGGCACUUCCAGUCCUCCUUUGAGAGGCACCGGACCCCGCUGCGGCGAGGGGAAAGCGUGAACUACCCGCUGGAGAGCAGCUACCACAGCACGCUGCCUCGCAUCGUCAGCGCUCCCGACGAGGAGGCCGGAGAUGGCGCCGGCUGCUCGCCCGAAGCUCCAAAAGGAAAGACGCAGAAUCCCAUCACACGCUCUGAGGUCCACACGCCCUCUUCUCCUCUGACGCAUCCCCCCAUCUCUGAGAAAGGACCUCAAGGUGACUCUCAGGAGGACGGCAAACGAUCUGGACAGCUGCCGGAGACCCCAGAAGAAUGCUCACCUCAGCUGCCGGACGCCGUGGGCUUUGGUCCACAAACUGUAACAGCAGAGCUGACGGACAAGCUGACGGCUAACCUGAGCGAGACGCUGUUCAGAAGUCCUCACAGAACCAAGGACGCCACCGCCGCCGCCGAGUGUGUAACACUGAAAGCCGCACAUGCCUCUCCAGACCACAGCCCAGUGUAGCAGGGCUUCAUCCAUCCUCCUCCAGCGCCGUUUCCCCCAACUCGCUUUGUUCAGCUUUAGAUGUGACGUCCAAACAUUCAAACGUGCAAACAGGUUCUAGUUUCACAGUCCAGGUGGAACGUCCUGAUGGUAUGAGGUGUUCUCGUUCCUGCAGCUGCUGAUGGUUCAGAUGGUCUUUUGAAGGUGCAUUCACACCGACGGGACUCGUGCGGCGGCGGCGACUAGUUUCAAUGUCAGGUCAAUGUUACAGAGGCGACGCGAGGAGAUCUGAAGUCCCGCGGUGCGAUUUGAGCGACGCCGCGGCGUGAAAGCCUGCCAGCAGCUCCAUUUGAGCGACGAGGUGCAAAUCGGGCGGCGCGGACAAAAUGUAAAUACCUGAAGUUUGAUGGAUCACGUCACAUCCGCCAGUCAGGAGCGUGACGGUUUCAGGGACUCGAUAAGCAGGUAGAAUACUAGAGCUGGAUUGAUACAAUCGAUGGAUCGAUUUAACAGAUCAAUAAUCGAUUCAUAACAAUAUAAAUCGGUUUAGCACAUGAAGCUAAAGACACUAGCUUGAUGCUAACGUAUAAUGGGAUUUCCCAUAGGACAGCUAAUGCUAACGCUUGGUCGAC